UUUCACAAGAACCAAUUCUAUAUGCUGAUAUGCAUUCUUCCCCUUUAACAAUCCGGUACUCCCUCACCUCCCCUUCCACUGCAACUCGACAGCAAGUUGACGCUCCAAUCCCCUCAAAAGUCAACGUCUCUCCCUCUCUCAACUCAACUUGCUUUCGACCUCAACAUCUCCCCCAAUCACAAACAAUUCAGAUCUCUCAACUCACUUUCCCACUCCCCAAGAUCGGUUUUUUUUUUUCAUUCCUCCACCUCCCCUGUCCCAAUACAAACCCCUCUCCACUCCCCACCCUCCUCCAAAAACCAUGGAACCACCACCACCACCUCCCAAACCCCAAGGCAACAAACAACCCCCAUCCCCUACCUUCCCGCUCCCCGUCGACUCCGAGCACAAAGCAACCCAACUCAGCAUCUUCUCCUUCGCCCCCCCUCACAUGCGGUCCUUCCACCUCUGCUGGUUCUCCUUCUUCGCCUGUUUUUGCUCCACCUUCGCCUCCCCCCCUCUCCUCCCCAUCAUCCGCGACAACCUCUCCCUCACCUCCACCGACAUCAGCAACGCCGGCAUUGCGGCCGUCUCCGGCGCCGUUAUCGCCCGCAUAGCCAUGGGCUCCGCAUGCGAUCUCAUCGGCCCCCGACUGGCCUCUGCUUCUCUCACCCUCCUCACCUCCCCUGCCGUAUUCUUCACCUCCGUCAUCUCAUCCCCCUCCGGUUUCCUCCUCGUCCGUUUCUUCACGGGGUUCUCAAUCGCGUCGUUCGUGUCGACGCAGUACUGGAUGAGUUCGAUGUUCUCGGGGAGGAAGGUGGGGGAGGCGAAUGGGUUGGUGGGGGGGUGGGGAAAUCUGGGCGGAGGAGCGAUUCAAUUGAUCAUGCCGUUUAUUUAUUCGAUUGUGAGGAAGAUGGGGUGUGCGGAGUUUACGGCGUGGAGGGUGGCUUUUUUUGUGCCGGGGUUGGUGCAGAUGGCGUCGGCGCUGGCGGUGCUGGUGAUGGGGCAGGAUUUCCCCGACGGCAAUUUUGUUGAGUUGAAGAAGACAGGGGAGAUGAAGUCCGAGGGGUUUGAUGGCGUUUUUCGCUGCGCCGUCAGCAAUUACAGGGGAUGGAUACUAGCGAUAACAUAUGGAUAUUGCUUCGGGGUGGAGCUGGCGGUGGACAACAUCAUUGCCGAGUACUACUACGACAGAUUCGAUCUGAAUCUUCACACCGCGGGGAUCAUCGCGGCGAGCUUCGGUCUGGCGAACGUGGUGUCGAGACCGGGAGGAGGGUGGAUUUCCGACCGGCUUGCGGCGAGGUUCGGCAUGAGAGGGAGGCUUUGGGGCCUCUGGAUUGCUCAGACCGCCGGCGGGAUUCUGUGCAUUGUGUUGGGGAGGAUGGGGAGGCUGAGCUUAUCGGUGCUCGUCAUGGUGUUCUUCUCGCUCUUCGUCCAGGCUGCCUGCGGCCUUACGUUUGGUAUUGUGCCCUUCAUCUCACGAAGGUCACUGGGACUAGUAUCAGGGAUGACGGGAGGAGGAGGAAACGUUGGAGCAGUCAUAACUCAAAUAAUAUUCUUCAAAGGCUCAAAAUACUCCAAGGAAACGGGAAUCACUCUAAUGGGCGUCAUGAUCGUCUGCUGCACUCUGUUGAUAUUGCUCAUCUAUUUCCCACAAUGGGGCGGAAUGCUCUGCGGCCCAAAGCAGGGAUUUACGGAGGAGGAUUACUAUUCUUCGGAGUGGAAUGAUGAGGAGAAGGAGAAGGGCUGCCAUCAGCCAAGUCUGAAGUUUGCCCAAAAUAGUAGAAAUGAGAGAGGGAAGAGAAACAAUGCUGAUCGGUCUUCUCCUAAUAAUUCUCAUGUUUGAAUUCCAUUUUUUGAAGUAUGCACUGAAAACCAAUUUGAGAUUGAUAAUAUAUCAUUUAAUG